AUGGAUGUGCAAGUUAAAACACGGCAAGACAAUCUUCCCAUGAAAAAUCGUUUACAUACCAUAUUACUCUCUAUUUUGGUUUCGAUCGUGACAAUAACAUUCAUUCUAGUAGCAGUGACGUUGAGUGUGGUUAGUUAUCAAAAGAAGAAGGAGAAUGAAAGCAUCAUGGCAACAACUUCAACAUCAGUGGUGAUAAAACAUUUGGUGGAUACGGUUAAUUCCACUCAAUUAAUGUUUCAUUUAGCACAAUUACAAACAAUCGCCGAUCAGAAUGGAGGCACACGUUCUCUCGGAUCAGCAGGUUUUCAGGCAACUGUCGAUUAUAUUGAAGCACAACUGAAAUCGAAAACGGAUUUUCGUGUUUUUAAAGAAGAAUUCAUGGUACCUACCAGUCUGAAACGUGAACCAAUGCUCGUUUCUACUAUUUCUGGUGUUGAGAAAAAUUAUAAAUAUGACAUCGNUGGUACCCAUGAAAUUUUUCAGCUUGACAUUCGGCUGCAAAAGUGUAAUCCGAAGUCAAAUCCAACGGCGUCAAUUUACUGCUACUCCAUCCGUUGGUAUCGAUAUUUUCUUGUAAACAAACGACAUCUGGAUGAUGAGCGAGAAUAA